AACAUAAGUUCCAUUUUGGAUGCUCUGGUGGAUUCUCUCGUGUCACGUCUCUCUUUAUAAAUUGACCAGCACCCUUCCUUCGAUCUACAACACUACCCAUUUUUUUGUUCGAAGAAAUUACGCAUUCUUUUUAGACAAAUUACAGGAUGACUGUUUCAUCUGGUCAAAAUUCUGUGGAGAGCAAACCGUCUCUUGCUAAAGUUGCUCCUCUGGAAGCAGUAUUGUUUGACGUUGAUGGAACUCUCUGUGAUUCAGAUCCCCUCCACCAUAUUGCCUUCCGAGAAAUGCUUCAAGAGAUUGGUUUCAAUGGCGGGGUUCCAAUUACUGAGGAUUAUUUUGCCGAGAAUAUCGCUGGCAAGCAUAAUGAUGAUAUUGCCAAGCAUCUCUUUCCCAAUGAUCUUCCAAGGGGUUUAAAGUUCUGUGAAGAAAAGGAAGAAAUGUUUCGAAGAUUGGCCUCAAAACAAUUGACGCCUCUAAACGGCCUGUAUAAAGUAAAGAAAUGGGUUGAAGAUCGUGGUUUGAAACGAGCUGCUGUUACAAAUGCUCCAAGACCCAAUGCUGAACUCAUGAUCUCGAAACUCGGCCUCUCGGAUUUUUUUGAUGUUGUCAUCAUUGGGGAUGAAUGUGAGCAUGCCAAACCACACCCAGAACCCUACUUGAAGGCUCUGGAAGUGCUCAAUGUGUCAAAGGAUCACACAUUUGUAUUUGAGGAUUCUGUUUCAGGGAUCAAAGCAGGAGUGGCGGCGGAGAUGCCCGUUGUAGGUAUAACUACCAGAAAUCCAGAGCAUUCUUUGUUGGAAGCAAAGCCUACCUUUCUUAUAAAGGAUUAUGAAGAUCCAAAAUUGUGGGCAGCUUUGGAAGAGCUCGAUAAAAUAAAGGCUUAAAAGUAUAGACAUAUUAGGACGUGGGCAGAGAUAUUUUUUUUUAUCAAACUCACAAGGUUUACUUUGAAUAGAAUUGAAUAAUGCUGUUAAAUGCCCACUUGGUCCUCCACCUUCACUACUUAUCAUAUCUAUAUCGUAAGUAGCGAAUUAGAAAUAUAAAUAAAUUCUUCCUCAAACAGCCGUAAUUACUGUGUUUUUUGUCUGCAAUUUAGUUGUAUAACCAGAAUGUUGUCCUUUGGCUUUGAGUGUAUUUGUAAGCUUUCAAAAUUUUGAAAGAGACAAGCACAAUUGAAAGAAGAUACUGUAAUGGUUUAAUCGUCAAAUUUUAAUA